UUAUUGAACGUGAAGAAGAAGCGAGGUUACUUCCGUCUUCAUCAAGUGACGUAACUUCCUUUCUGCCCGUGCUAACCUCGAAGUGAACACGCGUUCGCCGUCUAGCUCAAAAUGCGUUACGUAGCUGCAUACCUGCUCUCCUCCCUCGGUGGCAAUGCCAACCCCGGUGCUGCUGACCUCAAGAAGAUCCUUGAGAGUGUUGGCAUUGAGGCCGACAACACACGCCUGGACAAGGUCGUGUCUGAGCUCAAAGGCAAGAAUGUGGAGGAGGUGAUCGCCACAGGUUACGGUAAACUGGCCAGCGUGCCAUCAGGCGGUGCUGUAGCCGUUGCCAGCUCUGCUGUGGCUACUAGCUCAGCUGGAGCUGCUGCCCCUGCAGCUGAGGAGAAGGAAGAGAAGAAAGACGAGUCUGAGGCGUCCGAUGACGACAUGGGAUUCGGCCUGUUCGACUAAACCUUUUGCAAAUAUGAAUAAACAUUUGUAAAAAACACCAAA